GGAGGGAGACCGGUCCGACGCCGGACUGGAGCUGCGCAUCGCUUCAACGACCGGCCCGGUCCGUGGCCACAGCGACGGAUCCUUUUUGCGCGUCCUCAUGCAACCAAACAAGCAGAAACUUCAGAUUCUGUCCGAAUGACAGGAAAAGUUAACGCUGCUCUCAGCAAACAGGGCCUCUUUUCGGGGCAGCACCAUUCUCCGGCCGGUCAAGUGUGCUCCCGAGUGGACAGCGGGUGGGAACAAGUCGUGGAGACGAUUGAAUUGGCGCGAAAAAAGAUCGUGGCAUCCGGUCGCCGCUGUCAGGCCUUGCCUCCACUUUACUGCUCGCUUCAAGACGGUCGGGCAACCGAAAUGCCCGAUACAGUUAGCAGAGCCCACUCUGGCGCUGGCAGUGAAGCAAUGCCGUGUGCAAUAGGACCGGUGAAAUCCGAGCCACUGCGUUGUGCCGCGCUGGCUACCGGUAGAUCGCUGCGAUGUGUAUGGAAUCUAUUCGGUCUAGUUCGUUUGCGGCGACAGAGCGACUGA